GUGAAGUUAAUACCCCUUUAAGCAAAGCUUGUGUUCAUAUCUAUCAAAAAAGCAAAUUUACCAAAAAUUAUACUACAAAUAUUUGUCAACGUACACUUUUUAUUUAAUACGUCUGACGUGUUCAAAAUAUAGUACCAUUAGUGCCAAGAUGGCCGACCACAGACGUGUCCUUCCGAUCUUCGCAGUAUUUUUACUGCUACAUUGCGUAUGGGGGGAAGGCAAAAUUAACCAAAAUGCUCUCCCGAACGAGAAUUCUAAUUCACAGCAAGAGAUGGCGUUGGAGCGACAAAAACGUAUCGAAACAAGGGGAAAUGGACAGUUUGCUAACGCUAUCAACAUGCAACAACAGCCGCGGCAACCAGCAGGGGCCGUCCCCCAAGUACCGGCUGGCGGGCAGGGGCAGGGAAACAUGCAACGCCAAGGCAACCAGAUCGGCGGAGGAGGAUUGGCAUUUAAACAAAACCCUGCCGUGGAUUAUAAAAGCCCAAACCGGAGUCCGGGGAGCUUUCAGCAGCAACAACAAGCUGCCCACCCCACGCCUCCUAUGAAACUUGCAGAAAACCCUGACUGUAAGGAGGAGAUAAAACAUUACUGCAGCCACAACCUUGCCAACUCCAUGAGCAAUAAUUUCGCCGUGUUGGAUUGCUUGCAGAAUGAUCUGAAGGAAAAUCAACAGUUGACACCCAAAUGCCAGCAUGUUGUGUAUGACUACAAGCGUCAGUUAACAACAGAUGUUCGUUUUGAUUCUGCAGCAUUUGAGGUUUGCAAAGACCCUCUUUCCAAGCUGCCAGAAUGCAACAAGUUACAACAAGGAGGAGGGGAGAUCAUUCCCUGCUUGAUAGAAAACAUGGAGAACAUCACCAACCAAAACUGCCAGUUGUUCCUAAAGAAAAUGGCCAGUCUUAUAUUCUCAGAUUACCGUCUCAUCAAAAAUUUUGUUGAGAGGUGUGGUAACGACAUCAGUCGUUUUAAGUGUGGACGGAGUGAGGAUGACAGGGAUGAUUCCCCCCACAACCAAGGCAGAACAAUCAAGUGUUUAGAGCGUCACUAUAGUGAACUUGACGAGGGAUGUAAUCAGCAGAUUAUGAGGGUGGCUGAACUACAGUCUGACGACUAUCACAUGGACAGGCCGCUCUACUUCGCCUGUAAAGAUGAUCGCGAGAAGUUCUGUCGAGACGUGAAAGCGGGACAUGGACGCAUCUUUAAGUGCUUGUACAAACACAAAUUUGAGAGGACAAUGAGCGCAGAGUGUCAAGAGAUGGUGACUCUACGUCAGAAGCUGGUGCAUGCAGACUAUAAAGUGGGUCAUGCUCUGGCAGAGGGCUGUGCUAAGGACAUCAAGAUGUUCAAGUGUGCCAAACAUGCCAGAGACCACCAAAAUCAGCCGGGAAGACUGUCAGAGAUUUUGCUCUGUUUGGAGAAUGAGAGGAAGAAAGGCAAAAAGGUCUCUGCAGAGUGUCAGUCAGAGAUGAACAACUGGCGUCGCAGCUUAAUGGAAGAUUACCAGCUGACGCCUGAGGUAGCCAAGGACUGUUCGACUGAGGUGACCCAAUACUGUGAUGGUGGCACGGAGAGAGGCGGGAAGACACUACACUGUCUGAUGGACCUGGCCAGACCCAGAGAGAGACAGUUUGAUAAACAGCCCAGGAUUAGUGAGCAGUGUCUCAGAGCGCUGGAGGGUCUGAUCAAGGUGGCGGAUGCGGCAGAAGACAUCAGGGUGGAUCCCUCCGUGAUGCAGGCGUGUCAACCUGUGGCUAGUGUGCUGUGUAAAGAUGUCAAACCAGGAGAUGCCAAUGUGAUGGCAUGCCUGAUGGACAAGAUGGAGUCAGACAAAAUGACAGACGAAUGCGAAGAGCGCCUGGUAGAAAUACAGUACUUUGUAGCUAGGGACUUCAAUCUGGCGCCUCGUCUUUACCGGAAGUGUUGGAAGGUGGCACAGAAUUACUGUGGGGUCCAGGACUGGAGGACGGAGAUGUCCGAAAAUGAGCGAAAAAAGAGGCCACCGGGUUUUGUUCUCGCAUGCCUGCAUCGCAAAUUUAAGGAAAUGCCCAAGGAUCAUUUGCAGAAGGACGAUAUUUCCCGCCAGUGUGCACUGGAAGUGAAGCGUGUGAUGCACCAGAGGGCGCUAAAUGUAGAUCUGGAACCACGUAUUGAGGAGCCGUGUAUGGCUGAUCUUGCCACGUACUGUUCACAGGAGACAGAGAAGGGAGCUGAAGUGGAAUGUCUCCAAGACAACUAUGAUAGUUUGAGUGACGAGUGCCAGGAAGCAGUGGGUAACUUCACAGAAGAUGAGGACGCAGACAUAGAACUGGACAAGAUCCUGAUGAAGGCGUGCAUGCCAAUGUUGAGGACUUUCUGCCAGAAAGAGAUGGAGGAUGACAGAGAUACAGGAGAAGUAAUGGAGUGCCUUAUCAAACAGAAACACUCCCCCCAGAUGGACCUCAAGUGUGCAGCAGGCAUAGAGCAUCAUCAGCUGAUCACACUGAAGGACUACAGAUUUAGCCACAAGUUUAAAGAAGCCUGCAAAGCUGAUGUUAUGAAGUUAUGCAAAAAUGCCAAAUCAAAGUCCCAGGUAGUGGUCUGCCUUAGUGAACACAUGAGAAAUGACACCCUGCUGGAUAAAGUACAGAGAUUGUCUGCUAAGUGUCUGUCACAGCUGAAGUUUGAACUGUUACAGAGGUCGGAGUCGAUUAAACUGGAUCCAGAUCUUCUCCAGUCAUGCCAGGAAGAUAUUGACCACUUUUGCCCAGACAAGAAUGCAGGGAACGCAGAGGUCACCGAGUGCCUUAGGAAGAAAAACCCAAAGAAACUGUCCAGUUCAUGUAGAAGUAUGUUGUUUAAACGAGAGAUGGUGAUGGAGCGUAAUCCCAGUGUGGACUUUGGUUUCAUGACUUACUGUAAGAGCAUGGUGAAGCACUACUGCCAGGAUGAGGAACCUUCCAACUAUCUCACUUGUUUGAAAAGACACAAGAACGAGGACAAUUUUGAUCAGAAAUGCCGCAGGAAGAUAUCUGACAGACAGAUAGAACAAAAUAGAGAUUAUCGCCUGAAUCCAGCCCUGAAGAGCGCCUGCACCAUGGACAUCCCCAAGUUCUGCAAAGCUGUCCUCCAAAAUAAGAAGAGCAAGGACGAGGACUUUGAAGGAGAAGUCAUCAACUGUUUGAAGACACCAUACAGAAAAGGGAGGUUGUCCAAGAACUGUGAAGACCAGAUAGGUCAGAUAAUCCGUAGUGCGGCGUUGGACUACAGACAGGACCCUGUGCUGGCCAGAGCCUGCGAGAAAGAGUUGAAGGCAUACUGUAGUGAAGAGGUGGAGAGAGUUCAGAAUGGCCAGGGAGGCAAAGGAGAGGUGGAAGAGUGUCUGAAAAAUUUAGUAAAACAAAACAAGAUAAAACCUAAAAGUGAUUGCUCAAAUGAAGUAGCCAGGAUAUUAGUAGAAGGGAAGACAGAUGUCCACUUGGAUCCUAUCCUACAUCAGGCAUGUUCAGCUGAUCUCAGACAUUACUGUGAUGGCAUAGAACCAGGAGAGGGAAGAUUGAUGAGUUGUUUAUUGACAGCUUUGGAUGAUAGAACAAUACGUCUUACUAAACACUGUAGGAUAUUACUACAACAGAGAGUAGACCUAUGGGAGUAUGCUGCUAAAAUUGCCCCACCUGAGACAGCAGCAGACUUGUGGGAUCAAGUGAUGGGGUCGCCUUCUCGGAACCAUUUCCUUUUAAUUAUCUUCGCUGUUAUCUCCGUCAUGUUUAUUGGAGGACUAUGUUGUGGGCGAGUGACAAAACGAGUGACAGCGCAGGCAAAGAAUAAGUGAUCUGUGUUGAAGUUAGUUAAACAAGAAAAAGAUAGAUGGAGCCACGUGAUAUUAUCAUGAACUGCCUUAUCUGGCUUCCAGUAGUUUUGUACUUCCAUAUCCCUGGGUUAAUGUCAAGGUCAUUGUAAAUGGUCAAGGUUAUGAUCAAGGUCAUUGCAGGAGGUCAAAGGUCAUAGAUUGAUAGUAUUACACCCAAUGCAAAUAUUAUUGCCACUCCUAACACAACCCUGUUGUAAGUUCAGAAAUAGACUGAAAAAAUUGUGCAUUUCAUUGUCUGCUUUCACUGUCUGAUUACCUUCAUGAACUUACAUACUUUGUUUAACCGUUGCUCUGGCUAUAACAGGGCACCUUGAAGGAUGCCAGUGAUUCGGAUGUCUGGCUUGGUUGAAGAAGGCAACUGGGAUGAAGCCAUGGAAACUGAUAAAGUCCAUCAAGGAUUGGAUAUUAUGACAGCAGUUCAUGCCAUGACCUUGGCAAGGUCCUAUGAUUGAUUGAUUGAUUGAUUGUACAUUACCCCAGGGAUAUGUGGAAAGGUUGGCUAUUUGAUGCUGUUCUGUCUUCAGACAAAAAGGUGGUGGUCUCUAUUUCUCAACUCAGAAGACUGCUUUGAAAAAAUGUUUGCUUAUGCCAUCGAUAAAAUUGCAUAAUUUCUCCACGGUUUUAUUGACAAAGACUGGGUAUUGUGCAGUUUGAGAUGAUAUAUUGUCUUGUUGAAAUGUGUUCUGUAUCUUGUUGUAUUGUCCUCCAGAUCUCGUCACAUUAUUGUGCUGUUAUUGCUGAAAAAAAAAAUAACUGUCAUAUGUAAGAAAGUGAAGAUGAGGAAGAGUGUCAUAAUAUGUACUAUGUUGUUGUUAUGUCCUGGGAAGUAUUCUCAAGGUUGGAUUUUUUUCAUCACUGCCUUGCUUAAAAAAAACCCUCACAAAUAUUGAAAAUUUGCCAACAAAUGCCAAAGGGAUUUUUCUUUUUGCUUGUUGAAUGAAAACAAAGAUAGAUUUUAAAAAAAAUAGAGUUAGUGAAAAGCAUGUCAAAGCUUCUGCAGUAAUUUGACAUUUCAGCAGUGGAAAGAGAAGAAAUUUGUCUCAAUAUUUCAAGACCAGAGAGGAAUCACUUCAGUAAAGGCCACAAGGCAGUGCAUGCACCUUUGAUUAUAUUUAUUUCAAGCUCAUAUGAAUAAAAUGGUAGCCAAGAUGUCUAAAUGAACGAAAUACUCUACUGAAAAUAAUAGACAACGAACAUAACUUGAGAAUACUUCCUAUGUCAAGGCUGUCCUGCUUAAGGUCUUUGGUGCUGCUGAUACGUACAUCCACACAUUCUUCAGUGUUAAUUUAUUUUCAUGUGGUAGUUGAACUUUAUUUUAUUAUAGCUUUUUAACAUCACCCUGACUUUCAGAGUACUCAUGUUGUAGCCGCUUUCUUAUUCAUGCCAAUGUUUUCUUGACACCAUUUUAGGUGAAUUGAAAUAUUUAAGGUAUACUGAGGCCUGUUUCAUAAAAAAAAUUUGGCAAAUCCAAAAUCGAUCUUGUCAAAGAUUGUCCAGGGUUUUAACCCAGAAGACAUUUAAAUAGAAUCAAAAAGGCAGAUUGCCUCUUUUUUUUUUUUUUUUUUUUUUUUUGUCUUCAAGCAAGUCUCCACAGCAAACUAUAAGAUUGUCUUCACAAUAACACUGAAUGUUGCCUUCAUAAACAACAAUAGCCUACAUAGUUGAUCCACCUAUAUUUAAUUUAAUAGUGGGCCAGCUAAGAUCUAAGACAAGUAUCAUUAUCGCAAAGUCAACUAAAGUAAGCCGGCUGUCAGAUUUUUAGCAGUCCAAGCUAAAACCAAAAAACUUACGAUAUAUUUGUACAGCAGGCCCCCAGCUAUAGUAAGAUAGGCACCAUUUGGCCCCUGAUUUUCAGGGUGACUUUUGCACCAAAGAGAUUUCUCUUCAUUUUCUGCUAAGAUUCUCAUUAGACAACAGUUUCUGAUCAAUACAGAGGUAGAAGGAGAAUUAGAAUCAAAUUCUUAAUAUUCACUCUAUUCAGUUCAGUAGAUAUUAUAUGUAGUAUGUAUAUAUAAGUCUUUAUUUUAUGGGGGGAAUGGGUGAUUAUCUAACAGAAAUGAUUUAUUUUGAAACCACAGAUGUAUUUCUUGUAGAACAUAUAUAUAUUCUGUGACAUGUGUUAAACUUUUCAAGACCGAGUGUCCUGUUUCAACUGCUGUGCUUGUUUUGUAGUCCAGUUUCAAUAGUUUGUAUUGUAUUAUAGGUGCUUUUUUGGGGGUGGGGGUGUUUUGUACAGGCUACCAGUUUGAGAUAGAGAAACAUUUAAUUCCGUUCCAUGCCAACCCACCGUUUAGAUCCAUGAGGCCCUGAACACAUCUUGCUGAACACUUUUCUGCUUCAUACUACAUUGACUGGUCCUAACAUGUUACUACACUAUUGGG